UGGGGACAGCGGGGUUGGCACCCAGCGCUCACCAGUCCCCCAGAAAUCAGGGUGACCCCCGAGGUGAGGGGUGAGCAGAGGGAAGCAGGGCUCAGGAUCUGUCUCCAGCCUCCCUCUCCCUCCCCCCUGGCCCUGUCCCCGGGCCGGGAUGUCCCGACCCGCCCCGUCCCUCCCAGCCCGGUGUCAGACGCCUCCCUCGCCUCCUGCCCACCCCUCCAUCCUCGGUCGGACCUCGGAACCCGCCGCCACCGCCGCACCGAUCCCACCCUGGCCAUGAAGGGUUCCCUGCGUGGAGGAAUGUUCUCCCGGCAUGUCAAACGGCACCCCGGACUCGUUCCCCUCAUUGGCUUCAUCAGUGUGGGCCUGGGCAGCGCAGUCCUGUACCUGCUGCGGCUGGCACUGUACAGCCCAGACGUCAGCUGGGACCGGAAGAAUAAUCCCGAGCCCUGGAAUAAGCUGAGCCCCACAGACCAGUAUAAAUUCCUGGCAGUUUCCACCGACUACAAGAACCUCAAGAAGGACCGUCCCAGCUUCUGAGCCACUUCUGGGACGUGCUGGGGUGGAGGGGGAGACCCCCCCCGACCCCCCAAAGCCCCCUCACACCUCCCCAGCUCCCACACAGGGGUCCCACUGCUUCCCCAGCACCCCCAAACUGCGUGGUCGUGUCCCACCCCCCAAUAAACCCCAUCCCUGCGGGUGCCCCCGCGCCCCUCACCCUCACCUCGUGCCUGCAUUAAACUCGAAUAAAUUAUCGGGGUUUGGGGCAGCAAAAGGGAUUUUUUAAGGAUUCUUUACGGUUUCCCAGAGCCAUUAACGCAGGAGAUGUUAUCACCCCCCCGGGAAGGCUGGGGCAGGGGGGGUUCACAUCCUGCUGGAAGCAGGACAAGCCCUCGGGUGCUGUUUCCGCUCUCUCACGCUCCGAGGUCGCCUCUGGAGAGGGAAAAGAGCCGGGAGGGGUGGAGGGGUCACAGCCCCAGGCGUGGGCGAUGUCCUGGAUGCGAGUGCACCCUCUGGAAUGCGUGACACGGGGCAGGGGGGGUCCCAUCUGGGCAGGAAGAGGGUGGGAAAGGAUCCCAGGUUAUCCCCCCACAUUUUCUGGGGCUCCCCUGC